GUCCGACACCGACACACGGUGAGGACGGACACCGACAGACGUACCAACAGCCGCGGGGAUGUAAAUGAGACGGACUCGGGCUCGGCAGGGACGGAGGGCUGCUGUCUGUCAGAGAAUGCCACAGCAAGCGAAAGCACCGCCUGCGUUAGCUCACGAUUGUAAACAAUUAGCUCCCAAAUAUAUAAACGCAUAACAUUUAGUCGUGAUUUCCGUUAUAUUUUAUUUAUUUAUUUAUUUUAUUUUAUUUGUGAGAGGAUCGUCCGGUGGACUACGUUAAACAUCCUGCAGCCAGCAUGCCUCCAGCUCAGAGCCUUCAAUCCAGCGGACUGACUCUCUCAGAAACCAGCAUGGGCCGCAGCGCGUCACUGCAGGUGCGGCGACGUUGAGUAACCACAGUAGCCUGGAUGUUUGGCUCCGAUGGUAACUGACUGACACGGAUUUUUGGCAGGAUGCUCGGCUGCUACCAUGAAAAUGUUAAGGAAUAAAACGGUUCCUUUAAGAGGAGGAAGAGGAAAUCCAUAAUAGUGACAGUGAUGCUGCUCAUUGUAUCUGUGCUUAUCCUCAUCUUUGGCCUGGCAGCGACCACCAGGACGCAGAACAUCACAGUGGGCGGCUACUACCCAGGAGUCAUUCUGGGCUUUGGCUCUUUUCUGGGAAUUAUCGGCGCUCAUUUGAUAGAGAACAAGAGGCAGAUGUUAGUGGCUUCUAUUGUCUUCAUCAGUUUCGGAGUGGUGGCUGCCUUCUGCUGCGCUAUUGUUGAUGGAGUUUUUGCUGCGAGGCAUAUUGACCUGAGGCCUCUGUAUGCCGGCCGAUGUGAGUAUCACUCCAGUGAGACAGCGUCUGACCGAGACGUGCCCUGUCAGACAUCAUCACGCACGUCCUGUAAUCUGCGUGUGAAGAGCAACACCUGUUACUGCUGCGACCUCUACAACUGCGGGAAAGAACAUCCUCUUAUGGGACUUCAGAAUAAAGAUGUUUUGAAAAAGUUUAGGAAAUCAUCCAUGAUUUGGAACCGAGUAGAGGUGAUUGGAGGCUAUCAUGAAUACACGGAUGUGAAGAGCUGCCAGGAUGUGGUGCACCUCUAUCACCUGCUAUGGUCUGCUACCAUCCUCAACAUUGUGGCCCUCUUCCUGGGCAUCAUUACUGCUGCAGUGCUGGGAGGCUUCAAGGACAUGACUCCUUCUCCUGCCUCAGAGAGUUCAUCUGAGCCAGAGGCCCUCACAGCUCCAGUCCCCUCAGAGCCUCCUCCACCCACCACUUCUCUCAACUCGUAUUACAACACUGCCCCCUGCCUGCCGCCUUACACUGCCUACGACCUGCAGGGCUCCUACAUGUUCCCUGACUCCUCAGGCCUGUCAGAUGACUCCCAGUCUGGAGCCAGCCACCUGUGGCCCACUAUGAUCCCUCCACGCUACUCCCCUCCUCACAACCACCCUGACGAGAAGCCCCCACCAUACAGCCCCUGAGAUGGCUUCGAGCAAAGAAAACACCUGAAGCGUAAUCAGCGUGUUGUUAGAUGCAGAAUGAGUGGUUUGAAUGCACAACCCCUCUGGGCUUUUCCUCACAAUCCUUCAGAACUGCAGCGAAGGAAAGGUGGUGAGGAGGAGGUUGGCCACAGAGCACACCAACUUUAAGUUCAGCCCAAAACAAGGGAGCGAGUGUUCGUCUCCCCCAGGGCGCCACUCACACUCUGGCCUGCACUGUGUGUUUGUGUGUGUGUGUGUGUGUGUGUGUGUGUGUGUGUGUGCGUGUGUGCGCGCACAUACUCAUCAAGAGAGAGGUAACCAGCCCAAAGCCAGGGCUGUUUACACAUCUAUCUGCCUUAAUGCAAAUGGACUUCCAGCGCAGCGGCACUCUGUCAUCUGGAUGUAUUCUGUACAAGGUCAAAACAACUCUCCUCCAGCUCAUGCUUUACGUCCACCUCUCUUUAGUACAUAGUGUAAAUGCUUCCUGCCUCAAGUGGUACAGAUGUUAACAUCCUCACUGUUUGCUCUGCGAGGAUCUGAACUGAUUAGCACAGCUACGACCCUCAUGUGAGAUUCAUAAAGAGUUAGAUGAAAGCUUUGGUGUCUUUCCCCAAACCGGAGCAGCUAGAAUUUCAAUUUUAAAAAAACUGUAGAGUUGCAGGCCCAAGCAUUUGGUCCUGUAGCGGUUAAUAGAGUCAGUGUACAUUAUCAAAGGCAAAGUUAGCAUUAAUGGAGGUAUUACAUGCUCAUAAUGUAUGUACAGCAGUAUGAUAAUACAGAUGCUCCUUUAGCACAGUUAGGCCUAAGGUAAGCAAACAGAUCAUGGUAUCUAUUUAUCAGCUCUUCACUUUAUGUUAAAGAAUAUCCUGAUCAGUGUGUGGUGAACUUUACAGAGCAGUGUUAAUGAUGAAAUAAGCUAUUCUACCUACAGUAGUUGUUGAGGAAAUACAGUUAAUAAUCACACUCUGAACCCUAUUUAUUGUAUUUUCCACUAAAAGCUGCAAAGCAGGUAAGCAUAUGUAUCUUUCUCUCUCUUUGUAAGUAGUACUAAUGUCACAUCUAUGAGCUGAAAUGUAUUUUCUCUGUCAGGAAUAAGACUGAGUGCGGAAAAAGUCAGUGCUGGAUUCACUGACAUGUUGAUGGGAGAUCAUGAAAAGUCAAAGGAGAAGAACUGUUGGCAGAAAUGUAAACUUAGUCCAUGUCCAUGAAACCAGUCUGUCAGAUUUAAUCACUGCUUUUUAUAAUUUAAACAACACAUUCUCGGGGCUGAUAAAGUGUCAGUUCCUUUUUUUUUUUUUUUGUCUUGCCAUUAAAAAAUGUUUUGUGUAACUCACAUAGUGCGUUUCUUUUUCCAAUUCCACCACUUUGGUGCAGACUCAAAUAUCUCAGCAACUAUUGGACAAGUUGCCACAAAAUUGUACAUAGACAUUCAUGGUCCCUAGUAGAGGAAAUCCGCUGACUUUGGUGUCCCCCUUGACUUUUUCUCUGGCGCCACUAUGAGGUUGACAUUUCUGUUUUUUGUUUUUUUGGUGAAAUGUCUCACUAACUGUUGGAUGGAUUGCCACGAAGCUUGAUGCAGAUGUUCCCAUCAGGGUUUAACUACCAGCAUGUUAGCACGUUCACAUUAUUUAGCAUUUAGCUCAAAGUGCCACUGUGCCUAAGAGCUCCUUGCAUGGGUGUAGACUCUGUCUUGUUUAUCUAAACUGUGUCAGAGAAGUUGUCAUGGUUGAAUCUUAAGGGACAGGAAACAGGAAAGUUUACCCCUUUCUUACAUUUUGUCUCAUCAUAUUAGUGAAAUAAACUCUUCCACCAUCUUCCA